AUGAAGCGCAAGGCGGACUCGGAGGCGCAAAGCCCAGCCGAGAAUGGCGACCAACUGGCAAAGAAACGAGCCAUCUCAGCUCAAUCGGUGGUUCCAUCCUUUGCAGAUGGCCUUCUAGAUAAGGAUACGCUGGAGAAGUACAAGGCAGCUUAUGCGAAGUCAGGCCCGUAUAAACAUGGCGUUAUCUCUCCGUUAUUCAACCAGAAGCUCCUCCGUGCUGUCCGCAGCGAGAUUCAAGAGCACAUCUCCUUCACAGAGAAAGAGACCGACAUCUACAAGAUCUACCAGUCUGGAGAUUUGGCCAAUCUCGAUGGAUUGGACGAUGAAUCGCUCUCGCGGCUGCCUUCUUUGUUGAAGCUACGAAAUGCCUUAUACUCGGAGCCGUUUCGAGAGUACCUGUCUGAAGUUACCGGUGCUGGAAAGCUGAGCGGUAGCAAGACCGAUAUGGCUGUCAAUGUCUAUACUGGUGGAUGCCAUCUGCUAUGCCAUGACGAUGUGAUUGGAAGCCGACGAGUGAGCUAUAUCCUAUAUCUGACUGACCCGGAUGUGCCAUGGAAGCCAGAAUGGGGUGGAGCACUGCGAUUGUUUCCGACCACGACGGAAACUAAUGCGGACGGGGAGGAAGUCAAGAUCCCCAAGCCGGAUCAUACUGUUUCUAUCCCACCGGCUUUCAAUCAGCUGAGUUUCUUUGCGGUGCAACCUGGUGAGAGCUUCCACGAUGUCGAGGAGGUGUAUCACAUGGAAAUGAAGGGCAGUGAGAAGGAGAUCAAGUCUAGAGUGCGCAUGGCGAUCAGUGGCUGGUUCCAUAUCCCGCAGGAGGGCGAGGAUGGGUACGAGGAAGGUCUUGCAGAGAAACUGGCUGAACGAAGCAGUCUCCAGCAGCUUCAGGGUGAAGGCGACGAGUUUGAUCGACCACAGCCGCAAUUUGUCCCGUAUAAGACAGUUGAGGAGCAAGAUACAUCUUCCAAGGGCAAGGAACCCGCUAAGUCUGCAGGAGAAGACGAUAAUGAUGAUGAAGGGUUCAAUGACAAAGACCUUGAUUUCCUGCUCAAGUACAUUGCCCCGUCGUACUUGACACCCGACGUAGCAAGCCAGCUGAAUGAGAUUUUCGACAACGACCGGAUUGUCCGACUCGAGAAGUUCCUUUCAGACAAGUUCACCCCACGUCUGCGCUCGUAUAUCGAGAGCCAGGAAAAGGAUGAGACAUUCCCUACCUCUGCGGAAGAGAUUGAGCAGAAGACAGAUUGGAAAGUGAGCCGGCCACCACAUAAGCACCGAUACCUGUACCAGCAACCGUGUUUGGACAAGACCAGCGACGGGCAAAAGGAAAAGACGCCCAUCCAGGAGCUGCUGGAGGAUCUUCUUCCAUCACGCGCAUUCAAGAAAUGGCUCUCUGCAGUGACUGGACUGGAUGGCUUGCUGGGCUACAACCUUCUUGCCCGCAGAUUUAGACGCGGGGAGGACUACACCCUUGCCAGCGGAUACGAAGGGGAAUCGCCCCGCCUUGAGUUUACCAUUGGCAUCACCCCGACCCCUGGCUGGGAGAAGGAAGAAGAGGAUGAGGAGGAAGAAGAGGCUGGGAAAGCAGACAAGACCAAAUCUGAGACCAACAGCAAAGCCAAGCCAGAGAACGGCACAGCAGCAGCAGAACAAGAGGAAGAGCUAGCUGUUGGAGGCUACGAAAUCUACAUGGCAGGUGAUGACGAUGACGAAGAAGAGGAAGAAGCCGGCGCAGCAACGGAACAAACGCUGGGCUCGACGGGAAGCAAAUCAAAGGUGAACAAGUCAAAGGCCGACCCGGCCAUCUACAAGUCGUCGACCAAUGACGAGGAUGACGGAAUCCUGUUCAGCAUGGCGGCCGGCUGGAACCGCAUGAGCAUUGUGCUACGGGACCAAGGGCCGCUGAAGUUUGUGAAGUAUGUGAGUCGUGCAGCCAAGGGCGAUCGGUGGGAUAUUACCGGCGAAAUAGACGUUGAAUAUGAUGACGAGGAGGAGGAGGAGGAUGAAGAGGGUGACAAGUAG